UCCUUCACCAUUACAACAACAACAAAAACCCGCGCAGCGGAAGUGUGUCACUGUAAACCCGAACCGAGGAAACAGCAGCUGUAAAUCAAGGUUCCUACUAGCUCAAUAAGGGGAGUUAUGUAUCCCCAUAACCACUACAGUGUUGUAGUUCCGUUCGGCGUGUAAAUAAAAGAGCACUCCCGGGGUCGUGCAGUGUAUGGGACACGGGAGCUGCCUGUUGAGAGAUCUCAGCCUCUCGACUCAUUCUUCCACAGUAUGUUAUUUCUAGUCUGAUCUACAGUUUAUGAACUUGUCUGUGGUCCUUAAACAUUGAAGUUUCGCCUGUUAGUCGAGAUGUCAGGUUUUAGGCACGCCCACGUGAAACGUUACCUGUUCCGAUUCUUGGUUUCUUUGCAAGAAAUCAGGAGAAACGAAAGUGAAACUUAAGUUAAGAUACAACUCCAUCCCAGCAAUCAGAUUCAGUCGGCGUCUGGUUCGGGACCCGUCAGCAGUUGUUCCUCCUCCUUGCGUUCAGCCAAACCGAUUUGUCUGAAUAAAACCGUGCGGGCGAGUGGCGUUAUUACAACUGACAUCUGGACAUCAUGAACACGUUAAAUGAACAUUAUGAAGAGAAAGUGCGCCCCUGCAUCGAUCUCAUCGACUCCCUGCGCUCCCUGGGUGUUGAGAAGGACUUGGCACUGCCGGCUAUUGCGGUGAUUGGGGACCAAAGCUCGGGCAAGAGCUCAGUGUUGGAGGCGCUGUCCGGGGUGGCUUUGCCCAGAGGAAGUGGAAUUGUUACAAGAUGUCCUCUUGAAAUAAAGAUGAAGAGACAAAAAGAUGGAGAGAAAUGGUAUGGAAAGAUAAGCUAUCAGGAACAUGAAGAAGAGAUUGACGACCCCGCAAAUGUGGAGAGGAAGAUUCGAGAAGCUCAGGAUGAAAUGGCUGGGGUCGGGGUGGGAAUCAGUGAAGACCUCAUCAGUCUGGAAAUAGCCUCCCCUGAUGUCCCCGACCUCACACUCAUAGACCUGCCGGGUAUUGCCAGGGUGGCAGUGAAGGGACAACCAGAGAACAUUGGUGAACAGAUAAAGAGACUGAUAAGGAAGUUCAUCGUUAAGCAAGAGACCAUCAGUUUGGUGGUUGUUCCAUGCAAUGUUGACAUCGCAACUACAGAGGCUUUGAAGAUGGCACAGGAGGUGGAUCCUGAUGGAGAAAGAACUCUUGCUAUCCUGACCAAGCCUGACCUGGUUGAUAAAGGCACAGAGGAAACAGUGGUUGACAUUGUACACAAUGAGGUUAUCUACCUGAAUAAGGGCUACAUGAUCGUCAGGUGCAGGGGUCAGAAGGAGAUCACAGACAAAGUGUCACUGAGAGAAGCAACAGAGACAGAGAGAACCUUUUUCAGAGAUCAUGCACAUUUUGGCACCCUCUAUGACGAGGGCCAUGCCACCGUCCCCAAACUGGCUGAGAAACUCACCCUGGAGCUGGUGCAUCACAUUGAGAAAUCUCUGCCCCGACUAUCAGAGCAGAUUGAGGAGAAGCUAGCACAGACCCAAGCAGAAUUGGAAAGAUAUGGAACUGGACCCCCUACUGAGGCUGCAGAGAGAUCUGCCUUUCUCAUCAAUAAAGUGACAGAUUUUACCCGGGAUGCUAUCAGCCUGAUGACAGGAGAAGAACUGAACUGUGGAGAAAAACUCAACAUCUUUUCCAAACUCAGAAAGGAGUUUAUAAAAUGGAAGGUCCUUCUCGACAUGUCAGGACAAAACUUCAACAAGAAAAUUGAAAAAGAGACUGCUGACUAUGAAGAAAAGUACCGAGGAAGAGAGCUGCCAGGGUUCAUUAACUACAAGAGCUUUGAGACCAUGGUGAAGGAUCAGCUCAAACAGCUGGAAGAACCUGCGAUCAAGAAACUGAAGGAUACAGCAGAUGUAAUUAAGAAGGCAUUAAUACAGCUGGCUUGUACCAUCUUUAUUGGAUUUCCUAACCUCAUGAAAACAGCCAAGGCCAAGAUUGAAGGCAUCAAGCAAGAGAAGGAGGGAAUUGCUGAGUCUAUGCUGAGAAUUCAGUUCAAGAUGGAGCUUAUCGUUUAUACCCAGGACAGUACAUACAGCAGCAGUUUGAACCAUAUGAUGGAGGAGGAGGAGGAGGAGGAGGAGGAGGAGGAGGAGGAGGAGUACGAGUACGAAGUACAACCUAAAAUAAAAGAGCAGAAACACCCAAAAGUCUCAAAAUUCAAUAUAUCAUUUUACAGCGCAGAUAAUGGUGCCACACUGCAGCAGAUGAUGCUGCACCUCAAAUCCUAUUACCAUAUUGCUAGCCAACGUUUGGCUGACCAGAUCCCUCUGGUGAUCCGUUACCUGAUGAUGCAGGAGUGCGCCUCUCAGCUUCAGUGCGAGUUGCUACAAAUGCUGCAAGAGAAGGAGAAUAUGGAGUUCCUGCUCAAGGAGGAUCUUGACAUUGGCAGCAAGAGAGCAGCUUUGCAGAGUCGCCUUAAACGCCUCAUGCAGGCUCGCAAUUACCUGGUGCAGUUCUGAAGUAGUCCAAGGCUUAAAAGCUUCAAUAUUUCAGUUUUAUACACCACAUGCUAAAAUGCCUAUAGGAUUACUUUUACAGUCCGGAUAUUGUUACAAUGUUGUGUAGUUACCAGUUUGUGAUUGAGCAACCUUUCCUGGGUUAAAUAGUAUGUAUGCAUUAAUGUCCUGGGAUUGAUUCUGGUUUAUCGAUUAAGCAACACAAUUCUUUCAAUGUUUAGACAGCCACAGUAUAUAAACUUGAAACUGAAUUUUCUUUAAUCCUCUGAAUUGUCAUUUUAGUCAAAGUAGUGAUUAGUUUGUUUUUGUUUUAGAUUGCUACUUCAAAAUGAUUAACAUGGUAAACAGUCAAAUUGCAGUUAAAUCUGACAGUCAAAUUAACUGUCACAGAGAAAUCAAAUAUCUUUUGACAAUAAAAAAUGUAAUUUAAAAAUGUGAAGUGGUCAUACAGAUGCAUCUACCAUUCUGUAAAUACAGAUAGGGCACAAUAAACAAGUAUGGGCUAGUAU